UUUUUUUUUUUUAGUAGCCUAUACAAAAGUGCAGUGAACUAGGCCUAUUUUAAAAAUAAUCGUAAUAUUAAUAACUAAUAAAUUAAAUAAACCUAAUGUAAAUGUUUGACCUGAAUCUCAUUCAGUGAAAGCCUUUUCACACACGGUGAUGCUUUUUUUCUUAAGUGCUAAAGCAUCAAUAAAACAAACUAUUAGCUGACAGUUGGCUAUUCAUGAAUAUACACAGUUUAAAAGAUUACAUAUGCGCAAACAAAGUACUUAGUGGAUUGUAGCGUGUUUCUUCUCUCUCCUCUCUGUGAGCCCGGGUGGGUUUAAAGGUUUUGAUGGACAGAGACGUGGAAAGCCCACCCCAGCGCGUCCGCUGGAUAAUGCGAUGUCCCGGAGUGGAUCAUCCAGCGGAGUAGGCCUAGAUUCACUUCAAACUAAUACUCAGUGUUUAUCUUCUUGACACACCUAAGCAAAUACACACGCUUGCAUUGCAGUUACAUUUAUUUAAAGCACAACUUUUGUGCCACAGCAUAGGUUUAUUGCUUAAUAUCCUAUUUAUGCGCACAGGAGUUUACCUUCACAAGUACAACCUGCGUUUGAUAUUUCUCUCAGGCACCAAUAGUAAACAUUUAUAUAGGUAACGAUACAAAUAAUGGCGUUAGAUGAGUUCUCGAUUAAUGCGUGCAUUGAUUUAUUGCAUAUUUCGCGUAUGAGAAUCUGAAUAAAUGAUGCAAGUCGCAUGUAACAGCACUGGUUUAAAACGCGUCUUGGAGAAUCCGUUCCGGGUUUUUCUUCGGCUCUGACUGGAUGAUUUGUGUGUAUACGGAGCACACGGGGCAGAUAGAGGAGAGAGACGGGUAUGGAUCCGUAGCUCUUGCGGCUGUCCGUCUCGUUUCCCGGGACUUUCGUUUUGAAUACAGCGAGGCUUUGGGUCUUGCACGGUGCAUUUGAAUGAGAGUAGGAACGCACAGCGGCGGGAAUCAAAGGCUCGCCCUGUACGGUGCAAAGGAGCAAGCUGGCUGCGCGGCGGGGGAUGCAGGGCACAAUAGGGAAGACCACACUCUUCUGCUUUAGGAGGACAGUGUUGCAAUAACAUCCCCCCCCCAGACAGACAAGCCUCGCUGCGGGAAACAGGAAUUUGAAGCCGGACUUUACUUUUCAGACAAAUGUUGUGUGAGUAUGUGGACGGGCUUUGCACUAGACGUAUAGGCGACUUGAUGGGGCUCUUUCAGGAUUUUUAGAAAGCGCAAAUAGUCAAAUGACAGUCUCAAAAACGGACCGGCACAGCAAAGGAAAAUCAACUUGGAUUUUGAUUUUAAACUGAGAUUGUUUAUUAUUAUAUUUAUUAAUAUUAUUAUGUGCUCUGGAAAUCACCAGCUGUGGGUGAAAUCACGCUUGGAACAUAUUUGACUUCUUGGAUUUGGUUUCUGAAGAAUGUACUUACUUGAUGGUAAUUACCCGGUAAGGAUGGAGCGGGGUACGCCACAAAGAAAAACCGUAUACAGGAUAUCUUUGACUCUAGUGAAAAAGGAAACUCUGCAGGAUGGCGGAGGCUCAGCGCACCGGCGGCUGGAGAACCCUAAAGUGAGCGCGUACCGGCGGGAGGGAGCCGCUGACGCUCAGCGCAGCUCUCCGCUGGAAGAACUGAAAGAAGUGGAGGACGAGACCGACGACUUUUCUUCACACUCAUACAUGAGGAACUUCAGGACAUUCAGUACUGGACAUCUAGAAUUGGGCAGGUUGAAAAUCUCAAGGCGGGCACAGCAUUUACACAAAGACAAGGAAUUAAAUGAAUCGUUCAUCCUGCCAGAGAAUGGACAGAGCAAGGUCAUUGAAAAUGGGACACUAGUGCACAAAAAGGCAGAAGAUGUAGCUGAAAGUGACAGAUUGAAACGUGACGCUGAGCGUGGAGAAAUCUGCAGCACAGCUGCUGCUAAUGGAGAAAACACAGGCAUUCGAAAGAAAAUCCUCAAGACUUCUCGGAGCACAGAGGAGCCGGUCAGUACAUGGUCAGAUGAGACCUCUGAGGAACCCAAGGGUGGCAGGACGGCCAAAGAGAGCUGCAUCUCUUCUUUGCUGGCUAAAGGGAAUGGGAAGUCACCCAAACCAGCACCUGAAACCCCUCCAGCAAAGAGGCACCCGAGCCUGCUGCGGCGAAGUUUCAGCUUUCGCCACUGGACAGGUGGAGAGUUGAUCCGCAUACGGGCGCUUUCCAAGGAGAAGCAUCACAGCAGCUCGGGCUGCAUUGGCCGCGAUGGAGAGAACAGUCAAGCCCAAGCUGGCGUGGUUCUGCAAAACAUGGCUUUCACAGAGUCUGAGUCCACUGAAAAGCGAAACACCUUGGAUGUGGGUGAGGUCCUAAGCAAAACUGACUCUGUGACUGAACUGGGCCGCAGGGAGAGGAUGAAGGGCAAGAAUCGAACGCUGGACAACAGUGAUCUGCUCAAGCUGUCGGAUAAGUCUUUGAUGGACAAGGAGGGUUUUAUUAGAGGGACAGGCUCCCGUUCCAGCGGGCAGGAACGUAAACUCAUUCGGUUCUUCAGUGGUAUCUUCUCAAAGCGAGAUGGGACGUCCACGCCGCUUAGCAGUCCCAGCAACCGGGCUCUCCGGAAGAAUGGCCUACUGGGAAGUCAGCGGAGAUCAGAAAUGAUCUACUCGCAGUCCAGCACCGAAAGUGUUAACGGAUGCCAACCGGACGAUGCCUUUGUCAACAGUCAGGAGUGGACGCUCAGUCGCUCCGUACCAGAGCUCAAAGUGGGCAUUGUGGGUAACUUGGCCAGUGGGAAGUCUGCGCUGGUGCACAGGUAUCUGACAGGGACAUACGUGCAAGAAGAGAGCCCUGAAGCUGACGUGGAUGCAGGAGGACGUUUUAAAAAGGAGAUUGUUGUGGAUGGACAAAGUUACCUCCUCCUAAUCAGGGAUGAAGGGGGACCUCCGGAGGCUCAGUUUGCAUUGUGGGUGGAUGCGGUGAUUUUUGUGUUCAGUCUGGAAGAUGAGAUCAGCUUUCAGACGGUCUACCACUACUAUAGUCGUAUGGCCAACUACCGCAACACAGCAGAGGUGCCCCUGGUGCUUGUGGGAACUCAGGAUGCAAUCAGUGCAGCUAACCCUCGUGUCAUUGAUGACACCCGCGCUCGCAAACUGUCCAACGACCUGAAGAGGUGCACAUAUUAUGAGACCUGUGCGACCUACGGCCUCAACGUGGAGCGUGUCUUUCAAGAUGUGGCUCAGAAAAUAGUUGCGACCCGGAAGAAACAGCAACUGUCAAUCGGACCCUGUAAGUCACUGCCCAAUUCUCCAAGCCACUCCUCCGUCUGCGCAGCGCCUGUGUCCGCGGUGCAUAUCAGCCAGACCAGUAAUGGUGGAGGCAGUUUGAGCGAUUACUCUUCUUCCGUGCCAUCCACUCCCAGUACCAGUCAGAAGGAACUACGUAUCGAUGUACCCCAAACCGCCAACACCCCUACGCCUGUCCGCAAACAGUCCAAACGGCGCUCCAACCUCUUUACGUCUCGGAAGGGAAGCGAACCAGACAGGGAGAAGAAAGGGAUGGAUGGCCGCGCAGACAGCAUUGGAAGUGGCCGUGCUAUCCCAAUUAAACAGGGCAUGUUGCUGAAAAGAAGCGGCAAAUCACUGAACAAAGAGUGGAAGAAGAAAUACGUCACGCUUUGUGACAACGGACUCCUCACGUAUCAUCCUAGUCUGCAUGAUUAUAUGCAGAAUGUUCAUGGGAAGGAGAUCGACCUGCUUCGGACUACAGUGAAGGUUCCAGGGAAGAGGCCCCCCAGGGCCAUCUCCACAUGUGCGGCCCCCAGUCCCAAAACCAAUGGGCUGACCAAGGACAUGAGCAACCUGCAACUUGGACAGACACCAGGCUCUGUGACCAGCAGUUCUUCUGCAUCUCAGAUGGCGAGUGGCAUCAGUCUGGUGUCGUUUAACAGUCGGCCGGAUGGGAUGCAUCAGCGCUCAUAUUCUGUGUCCAGCGCUGACCAAUGGAGUGAUGCCACAGUCAUCGCCAACUCAGGAAUCAGCACGGACACCGGCCUGGGAGAUUCUGUGUGCUCCAGUCCAAGCAUAUCCAGCACCACCAGUCCGAAGAUGGACCCGCCUCCAUCGCCCCACGCCAACCGCAAAAAACACAGGAGGAAGAAGAGUACAAGCAACUUCAAGGUGGACGGCUUCUCUGGAGCUGCAGAAGAACAAGAGGACAACUUUGAGUUCAUCAUCGUUUCUCUGACGGGACAGACCUGGAAUUUUGAGGCAACGUCCUAUGAGGAGCGGGACGCAUGGGUUCAGGCCAUUGAGAGCCAGAUUCUGGCGAGUCUACAGUCCUGUGAAAGCAGCAAACAGAAGUCUCGUCUGAGCAGCCAAUCAGAAGCCAUCGCUCUGCAGUCUGUCAGGAACAUGAGAGGAAACACACGCUGUGUGGAUUGUGAAGCCCAGAACCCUGAUUGGGCCAGUCUGAACUUGGGGGCUUUGAUCUGUAUAGAAUGUUCAGGCAUUCAUCGCAACCUGGGUACUCACCUGUCUCGUGUCCGCUCUUUGGACCUGGACGAGUGGCCUCUAGAGCUCAUCAAGGUCAUGUCGGCCAUCGGCAAUGAGUUGGCUAAUAGUGUGUGGGAAGCCAAUGCUCAAGGACGCCUAAAGCCUGCCCCUGAUGCCACCAGAGAGGAACGUGAGCGCUGGAUCAGAGCCAAAUAUGAGCAGAAGUUGUUUUUGGCAUCGCUGACGUGCACAGAGCUGACUUUGGGACAGCAGUUACUGCGGGCCACGGCGGAGGAAGACUUGCGCUUCGUAGUCAUACUGCUGGCCCACGGCUCUAGAGAUGAGGUCAACGAAACCUGUGGGGAAGGUGAUGGCCGGACAGCCCUACACCUGGCCUGCCGCAAGGGGAAUGUUGUGAUCACGCAACUGCUCAUAUGGUACGGCGUUGACAUCAUGGCACGGGAUGCUCACGGUAAUACGGCAUUGGCAUACGCACGGCAGGCUAACAGUCAGGAGUGUAUGGACGUCCUCCUGCAGUAUGGCUGUCCUGACGAGCGUUACCCGCUCAUGGCCACCCCAAACCUGUCACGCAGGAACAAUAACCGCAAUAACAGCUGCAGCAGCAUGAACAGUGCAGUUAUAUGAGAAGUACACUCACAUACACAUGAACAUGUAUUCUGGUCAGCACUCCUCCUCCCUCCCUACACACACCUUCAUAUGUACAGCUCCACCACUACAUCAGAAUCAUGAGACUAUACCAGACUCAAGGGAAAGAUGCCGACACUGACGAUGACGAUGAAGAAGCAUGAGCAGAGCUACUGUGUUUGCCUGACUGCGGCAGUUUAAGCUACCAAGUGCAUGAUGGGAGAAUAGAGUGUGGGUUUGGUAACUGAUGAGCAGGUGUCACAUCGGAGUUCUGCUCCCUGUCUCUAAUCGAUGACGAAGCAAGACUGGAAAUGAUGGGGCAGCAUGGGAUACUUUUACGCUGGAUCUUCAAAAUGACUCACUUGUUCGCCAUGUGUGUCUGGACUUCCAUCUCACCACUUUGACACUGAUUUUUCUGUCUGAUCUCGUUCUUUGUAUCUGUUCUUACUCUUUUACAUCAGUAUGUCCAUUAUGUUUUUUUUUUUUUAAAGGAAUGUGAAAGGAUGAGAUGACAAUUUUUGGAAAACACCCAAAUAUUGAGUCCUUAGUUUGAAUCUGACAUGGUCUUUUAAACUGUUUUUGUUUUAACAUUGUCGAGUAGCAUUUGUCUAAGUGCUCAUUACUGGACCAACGGAAGAUUUUUAAAAUCGAGUGUUUUAAGAUUUACGUUUCUCAGAAGGAAAAGGGAAUUGCGCUUUUAUUUAGCAGAUUUUUUGUCUUUAAACGCAUUAAUCUAGCCUUAUAUGUCGCCCAUCCAUCAGCUCACAGUGACGUGUGCAGACACCGAUUCAGAUGAACCAUAUUUCAGAAGUGCAUGGCUGAAGCUCAGUCUGACCUCAAGUGUUCAUCAUGACAAUCUCCACAGAAUAUCAGGAAAACGCAGGACUUUUUGUCAUGCAAAGACUGAAGUCUGCUCACGGUGGCCGUUGCUUUCAUACAGUGACGUGUCUCUCUCAGGUCAUCUCUGUCCGUUGCUGUUCACACACUUUACACUGCAGAGUCCUGACCCUCAUGUAUCUAAAAGAAGAGAAGGGCUCUCUGGGUCUUCAGUCCAGAUCUGUACAUACUCUUCUUCCUUCUCUUUGUCUCUCAUUCUGUUUUUUCUCUAAGUAGUGUACUAUAUAGAAAAGCAUUUCAAGAAAACUCUCCCUCUGACAAAAGGCGUUAUUAUAUAUUUUUAUCUCACCCCCUUCUUGUUUCAGUGCGGUCUGAAGUUGCAAGUGUGCCUGUUUGAGUCGAGUUCACUCUUUCUCUGAAUCGUUCUUCAUAGCUUAGUUUUCCUCCUUGCCUUUGUAUUCUUCCUUUAUCACGUGUCAAGGAGUAUUAAAGCAAUACGAAGUCUAAAUUCAGCCAGGUAGACACAUGAGUAAUAGUUUUUCACCGCGUUUUGGACGUCACCACAGCAGUUUGAGCUGCCGUUGUUAUUGAGAGACGUAAAGCCGAUGUAAGACUCUGUCUCAGGGCGUAUAUAUAUCAUUACAGGAGAUCCCAUGAAGGCUUUGAUAUUGACUUAUUCCAUAAUAUGAUUUGAUGGGCUUUGAUCAUUUAAUCUCAGCUCCCAUUGAUUUUACUCUUCACUAGGUAGUAGAAAUGUGAAGGUACUUGGCUUAGGGUUGAAGAUGGGAGAAGAUCUGUGUUGUAGAAUGUAUAUUCCGCAAUACAAACAAUCUGGAAAGUCUUUAAGCUAGUUGAUAGACAUUUGGGACUGUGUAGAGAAUUUUUCUGAGCUUUCGAAGGAAAGCGGUGAGAGUUGCAAAGCUUUAGUGAAGGACGUGAGAAUAGAAACUAAGAGAGAAACAUUGAGGUAUGUUGAUUUUCAGCUCAUAAGGGUGCAGUUUUCGCUUUGUAUAUAAAUAAAACGUAGCAGGCCUUUAGAGGCUUUACCACAAUAACCAUUAUUUAUGACUAAAUGCACUACAGAACACAGAUCACUUGUUGUGAAGAACCCACAAUAUAAUGUCCACUCUGAAUCCUUUCUGUGGAAAAACAGUUGUUUUUGUUUUUGAUCUUUUUGCAUGAAUGGAUGUAAAUGUUCUCUUCCUUGUGUAAAUGUCUUCGUCUUCAUAAAAAUGACUGUACCCUGACAGGUGACGCUAAAGAGUCUGCCAUUUUAAUAUGAAAAAAAAAAAUACUUUUUAUCAACUUGUGAACAUUUCUUCUUUUUUUUUUUUUUUGUCCUCCCAUUUGCUUCUUUUGUAAUUCUUCUCCUUGGGAUCAUCUGUCCAUCAUCUGUAACUGAAUAAAGAAAGCAUGAAUGAGCAAAAUAAACAAAAAUCCAACCAAUACCAUAACAGCAACCAAAGCAUCACGUCACCCCUUGCAAGCAAAUAAUGCAGACUUAAAGGGGGCUUUAUCAGUACGUUCCAAGUUGCUUGAACAUAUCCUUGGCUUUAUUUCCAUUUCCAUUCGCCAGUUGUCGCUUUGUGUAAAUAGAUGUAAAAAUGGAGAAAAACUUAGUGUUUUUACCUUGUUUUUGUUUGUGUUUGUUACCUCAUUUCAAUGACAGUCUCCAUGUUACUUUCAAACCCAAGAAACCCGUUUAAUUAUUUAUGAAUAUGCUAAUCUGAAAGGGGAGGAGCUCUCUCACACUACUUGGGUUUUGCAUCUGUUCCUUUAUUCAGUCCAUUGGCAUCACAACUAUCAUUCUGAUUCGAAUUAUCGGUGUUGUAUUUCUAAUUAUUAUUGUUAUUAUAUUGAGUUUGUGUCAGCUGUACAGUACUGUGUUGAAAAAUUAUACCUGAUGCAGAGUCUUAUACUGUAUGUGUCUCUUUUCAAUAAAAAGCUUC